AUGUCUAAAUAAUUACAAAAUGAGAAAUAAUAAAAUGUAAUCCAAGCUUCAGGUUUACAAGAAGCUUAUGAAUGUAAAAUAUAUCUAUUACUUAGACUUGCUUAGAUAACUAUGUAAGAAAGGUUUACCAACUGGAAAUGUUUACGAAUUUUCUGCUCAAACAAUUUUGAAAUAUGAACAUAAAUUAAAAAAUUAGAAUAUAUAAAAUAAAGCUCAAUAAGCUGCUAAAGAAGCGCAUGGUAAAUUUAGUAUUCAUAUAAGAAAAAUUUUUAAAAAAGAUGCAGGACAAAGAAUAAAAGAAUUUAGAGGAAGUUUCAAAAUACGAAUUGAUGUUUAGAGAAGAAUAAAAGAGAAAAGAAUUAUAACAUUAAUCAAUAUCUUAAGAGCCAGUUCAAAGACAAAGUGUAGAUAAAUAGAGUUUGGAUUUGAAAAACUAAUAAAUUGAUAAGGUUGAUUAAUCUCCACCAAAAGGAUAAAAAAAGUAAUAAGAUAUCCAGUCAUCUCCACCUAAAUAAGAAAUUAAAGUUUAGAAAUAAGAGACAGAAUAGAUUGCAUAACAAUAAUAACAAAAUUAAUAAUAAAAUAAUAAAAAAGGAGCAGUUUAGAAUUAAAAAAAAGAUUCAAAGAAAUAAAUUUAGAAUGAUCAAUCUAUAUUAAAAGAAUUAAAAUUAGAAGAGCAAAAGGACUAAUAAAAAUAAUAAGAAUAAUAAAAGUAGUAAGAAUAAUAAUAAUAACAAUAAUAAUAAUAAUAAUAACAAUAAUAACAAUAAUAAUAAAAUAAAGUAAAUGAUAUCAAUAAAGAAUAACCUAAAGAAUAAUAAAAAUAAGAUAAUAAAAAAACAAGCAAGAAAAAGUGA